GAUAUUUCUGUCAGCUUCAGUCUUGGGCCACAUUUAUAAAUUACUAAACCUUUAUGAUUCCGAUCCUACGUCUCUUUCAAACUUUUAAUUACCCAACUCUCUCUUCUGCUCUCGCGUAUUUGGUGAUCGAAACCUAAUUUUCACUAACAAUUCUUUGGAAAUCCUAUUUCUUACUCAAAGAUGGAACGCUCUCUCUCCUCUUUGACGUUCAAAGGUUCGAUUCCUGAAGCUAUUACGGAAGCUAAGAAGCAGAAGAAGCUUUUUUUAGUUUACAUUUCAGGUGAAGAUGCAGAGUCAGUCAACUUGGAAAACACCACAUGGACUGACUUAAAGGUGGCAGAGUCAUUGUCGAAGUAUUGUAUUUUUCUGCAUAUCCUUCAGGGAAGCACUAAUGCUACAAAUUUUUCUGCAAUAUAUCCACAAAGCACUGUUCCUUGUAUAACGGCUGUAGGAUACAAUGGUUUACAAGUUUGGAAAAGUGAAGGAUUCGUUAGUGCUGAAGUUCUGGCAUCCAGUUUAGAGAAGGCAUGGUUGAGUCUUCAUAUUCAGGAAACAACUGCAACAGUAUUGUCUGCUGCUCUUGCUUCAAAGAAAUCUGAACCGCCCACUUUUGGGACUUCUGCUAUUGGCACAUCUGAGCAGCCAGGUUCUUCGGGUACAACUGUUCCAUCAACAACAUCGCAGAAAAAUGAAACAAAUGUCCAAUCCUCUGAGGCUACAUCAUCUGUUGUAUCUGAGAUGGCAAAGGAAAAUAAUACUGAAAUGGGUGUCAAGACUUCUUUGGAAUUUGUAAGUGACAGGCAGUCAGGGAGUUUCGAAGAUCAGCCCUCAACCUCCUCCUCUGAAGCAGUAAAGGAUUCUUGUGGUACUGUAAUGGCAGAGCCAAGUAGUUCUAGCACUGAACAUGCAUCUUUCAAUGUAGCCCCUGUCCUUUCCCCUGCCAUCAAACAAAAUAUCGAUCAUCAUUAUGGUGCUCUUGAAGUACCUCCUAAAGUAAUUUCUGCUGGAGCUGUGGAAGUUGUGCAAUGUGAAAAAACAGAGGACAAAGAUGAUGAGAAGGUUAAGCUACUGGGUGAUUGUGGUAAAGUCAGUGAAUCAAGUGAUGUUCAUUUGAAUAUCCGAUUACCUGAUGGUGUUAGCCUACGAGAGAAAUUUGAUGUGACUAGCAGUUUAAGGAUGGUGAAAGAUUAUGUGGAUAACCAAUCAAGUGGCCUAGGCCCGUAUGAUCUUGCUGUUCCAUAUCCUCGCAGAGUAUUCAGUGAUGAAGAUUUAAGCAAAUCAUUAUUGGAGUUGAGUUUGUUUAAAAGACAAGCACUGAUAGUAGUUCCACGUCAGAAAGCUUCAUCUCCAUCGUUUGAGAAAACCAAUUCUACAACUAAUCCUCAUUCCUCCAAUGCAACUGAUGGGGGCUAUUUUGGAUAUGUUCAAAGAAUGUUGUCAUAUGUGAAUCCUUUUACCUAUUUCAGAGGUGGAACAAACUUGUCAAGUUCAGGACAAGAUUCUCAAACUGGCGUAUGGGAAUACAGUCCAAAUCCUGCACUUCGAAAUAACCUUGCUACAAGAGAGAUGAAUGACAGAACUUCAUCUAGCAGAAGCACCAGUAAGAACAGGCCACAGACCACCUCUGGUUUUGGGAGCAAUAUUCAUACAUUGAAGCGUGAUGAAGACGACGACCGUUUCAGUGAUAGAAAUGCCUUCUGGAAUGGAAAUUCCACACAAUAUGGUGGUGACAACGGUGGCAAAUAAAGUUUGAGUAGACUCACCUGAAAGGCUUCUGAGGCCUCAAUUAUGUGUAAGAAUUUGGCUUCCAUCUUUUUUGUUUUUUCAAACGGCUUUAAUGUAGCAUUUGAUUAUUAAAUAAAACUAUCGCACAUAGUCAUAACCAAAAGCUCAUAAUAUUUCUGUUAGACUUCCUGCUGUUCAAACAGAGAAUAUAGCUACUAUUUAUAUGUACUAGUAUAAUAUUUCCCUUUGCAA